CUCGCAUUCGCUGGCCCAUCUCAUUACUUCUGUUUGUUCUAGAGCUCUUUGGAACAAGAAAAGGCUUGCUGGCCGCCUCUGUGAUCUCUGAGACCGUCACUCAUCGUGUCACAGGCAUUUCCAACUCAUUGCUCUUGUGCCCACCGGACGAGCAUGCCGAGAUCUUGACAGUGUUCAAUCAGAAUCUGAGUCAUGGACACCAACAGCAAGCCAACCACCGAAUGCGCAGCACAGGUGAAUCCUCAAUCAACCCUUGACCGAUUGAAAGCAUGGAUUGAUGGCGAGCGCCUGUUCUAUCCAAGCAAAACAAGCGAGUCGCCGUUCCUGUGGAAGCCGUGCUUCACUCAAGCUGAUCUCCGUGAAGCCCUCAUCUACGCAGACAAUCGGUGUAAUGAUGUAGUGGCUGAGUGUGCCUUCUACGAUCAGCUGGCGCGCCAGCAGUACCGAAGCCAGAUUUGGACCCUGGGCUUUCAGGAGAAGCUCGAAUCUGGUGAGAUUGACUCACCACUUGACACCUGCCUCCCGAUCGAAGACUUGACUCAUGGUCGGAUUCGAAGGAUAAAAGUGGCGCGCGAGCCUGACUUCCGUCGAUCGAUUGCGUCACUUGCAAGAUACACUUAUCUGAUCAAACAGCAUAUCCUGGCGAGAAGGGCGGAGAUUGGAAGGGCUCAAUCGCCUGAAGCAUACGGAAGCGAUUGAUCACGGGCCUACAUUUGGGGCUGACGGUCCUUUUGACCGCUGACAGAAAGGAUCAGUACACAUGUCUCAGUCAGAGGGGGAUGGCAAGGCUCUCACUCAAGGAACGUUCCGCAACCG